GUCCGAUAGCGCUCACACCUCUCAGAGCCCCCCGCCCCAGCAGCACCGCCGCCCCAUCGCUUUCUCAAUGAAUCGACAAGGCUGGACCACUCCCACUUCUUGUAAGAGUUUAAUUGUCAUGGUUUGCGAAACGAGAGGUACUUAAACAGCUAGAGCACUUCACGUCUGGGCGGAAUUGAAUGAAGUGAUCGGUGGCCGAUCGAUAGCGCAUCACCAUGCAGGUGUCUCUGGCGGUCUGCUUCUCCAGCUCCGUGCUUUUUCUGCUACAAGGCUGCAGCACUGUGGUGCGAGGUUGGAAGGCGCUAAAAAACGAUGCCACUGAAAUCAUACCAGAAUAUAAUGAAGACGCGCAGCAGCCUCUGCAAGGCGGACGGCUGACCAAUGACACGAUAAACCGUCCCAAACACGGAGGGAGCAGGUCAUCUGCCAACGCGCCUUCAAUCGACGUGUCGGAGCUCAGCUGCCGGGAACUGCGCUCCACGCGCUACAUCACGGACGGCUCCUGCCGCAGCGAGAAGCCCGUGAAGGAGCUGCUGUGUUCCGGUCAGUGCGUCCCCUCGCAUCUCCUCCCCAACUCCAUCCUGCGCAGCAAGUGGUGGAGGGGCAGCACGCCGGAGUACCGCUGCGUGCCGGCGCACUCGCGCACCCAGCGCGUGCAGCUGCAGUGUCCCCAAGGCCGCCAACGCUCCUACAAGAUCCGCGUGGUCACCUCCUGCAAGUGCAAGCGUUACACGCGGCACCACAACCAAUCAGAGGCCAAGGAGCCCGCUGUACCUCGGCCCCGCCGCACCAAGAAGCGCUCCCGCCUGCCUCAGCCGCGCGUUAAGAGCAACGCGCCCUACUGAGGCUAGCGCCUUGUUGCACGCACACACAGACACACACGCAUACACCCGCUCGCACAACACUUCUUCAUGGAGGGAAGAAGAGGCGCGCCAAUGGAAGCGUUUUUGGGACUUCUGGGACAAGCGCCGCUCUAACAGUGCACUAAACCCCCCCAGACCAUUCUCCUCCAAAUCACAUGACCCAUUCAGUAAUAAUAGUUUACAGCACAAGACAAUGCGGUAGAGAGGGACUGGGGGAACGUCCGGCUGCCAAUGCCCACCCCCGAAGCGGUGCCGAUCUUCCAGGGAUCACGCCCAUUUCUCUGGGAAGGGGCGGGGCCACACCAGCAGACCGUAACGCAUGGAAACUGGCCCCGCCCCCGAGUGGCCGCGGAGUGGGUAUCAAGAGGACUUGAACUGUGACUCCUCUUAAUUGCGAUGAGAUUGCUCUCGUGUUUAGGAUGUGAGUCACCGGGAGCUUUUCCCCGCUAGAUGUGGCCCGAUUCUGUUCGUCCCAGGAGAACAAAGAGUUCAUGCAGUCACUGGGGUGGAGGAGGGAAGCAAAAUAAAAGUCCCCCUGUGUCCAGCCUUGUCAGCACUCAGAGCUGGUGCCUAGCCCGCGGCUUCCUCCUGCAGCCUGCUUCAGACCACUGUCCAUUGAUGCUCUUAUGCUGCCGACUCCUGUCUCUCAGAGACGAACUCAGAAUGCACGGACAGCAGGGCACUUACCUACUCAAUCAGGAAACCGAGCCAUAAACCAACUGCAACAUGCACUGUUAUUUUUAUUUUAUUUCACACAGGAUGCAGGGAGGAAGAUUUAUGAAACGCUCGUCUGCCCAUAUUCGGCCCAAGGGUCCGUCCGCAGUAUCACGCCAAGCUGUCCCAGUCUGCCAGUACAGACCAGUCUAUUCACAGCGAGUGGAUCCCUUCCCAGGAAUAUUGCUACAUUUCCGUACAUUGUUGCAGCCCAUUUGUUUUUCUCUAUUGCUUCCUGCCCUCUGUUUUCUGUAAACAGUGCUACCGAUGUUUGCUUUCAUUCAACUGCGUGUUUGAAAUAGGAACUAGAAGGGAUUUCGCCGUGAAAGCGGAGACGCUGUCUAGAGUGCCGAUUGUAUUCCUUAGCUGUGUGUGAUCGUGUUUGUGCUCAGUGUACCCUCACCCAGGGUGCUUCCCAUGAGCGCUGUGCUUUCAAAUGGGGGGUGAAAUCACUUCUAGAGAUGUGAGGGACCGUUACAGAGAAGAACCUGCAUAUUUAUUUUUUAUUUCCUCAUUUAAAUUAUUUAUGCAGCUUUUUGUGUAGUUAUAAGAUAGCCAAUAUUAUUGUAUAAAAUUAUAAUGAUUUCAAACAGAAAGAUUACAUGAAUAAAGUCAAGUGAAGUACAUUUGGGAAA